GUGCAUUAAGCCCGUCGAGUUUCUAUUACGUCGGUAGAUCGGAAGAGAUAUGGACAGCUUGAUCCGACGAAAAAUCUUUCAGCUACCUGACGGGCCAUACCACAAUUCCAGUUCCGAUGGAAGCCGGGAUGCUGUACCGGAGGAUCGAGCCAAGCAGAGUCGGCUCGAACAUAUGUAAGCGGAAUGUGGCCGGUUCUGAGGUGCGGUAUUUCGGAUACAAAUGGAUGAGAUGGCCUGUGCAUUAUGCCGAUCCUCACACGAUGAUCUCCGUCGGGAGGGAUCUGGACGGUGCCAAUCUCGUCGUAGGACGUGCCAUGCACCAGGGUGACAUGUUACCAGCGAAAGUUAAGCCGGAACACGGCGUCGCCUACGUGUCUCACGGAGGCUCCGAGUACACGAAACACAAUUUCGAGAUACUGAUGCCGGCCCAUUUCAACUGGAUCCAUUCGAGCCACGGUCAUAUACCGGAUCACGCGGUGGAGGCCGGAAGAACUUCGAACGGGGAAGUGUUGUUCGUCGGCCGCGCUUAUCACAAUGGCGUGCCCUGCGUAGGAAAGGUUCACCGGAGCCAUGGUUGCCUGUACAUCCCGUACGACGGCAGGGAGAUCUCGAAAAGAGACUACGAGGUCUUGGUGCAAGCCUAACUGCGAGUCUGCUCAAAUGGUGGAAUAAUAAAUUGUAAA